CGGCCACCUCCCCUUCUUCCUCCUCCUCCUCCUCCUCCUCCUCCUCCUCCUCCUCCUCCUCGCCUUCCUACUUCUGCACCGCCGCUCCGCGCCCUGCUCCGCUCCCCGCGCCGCCGCCGGGGCUCAGUCACCCCCCGCCGCCGCCGCCGCCGCCCCCGGCCCCUCCCGCCCUGCCCGCUCCAGCCGCGCCGCCGCCGCCGCCGCUUCCACAAGAUGGCGGGGACCGUGGCCGAGCGGGACGCGCCGAAAAUCGAGGACGGGCAUUUAAACAACUCCCUGGGCUCCCCGGUGCAAGCCGACGUGUACUUCCCUCGCCUGAUCGUCCCCUUCUGCGGGCACAUCAAGGGAGGCAUGCGGCCCGGCAAGAAGAUCCUGGUCAUGGGCAUCGUGGACCUCAACCCCGAGAGCUUCGGCAUCAGCCUGACCUGCGGGGAGUCGGAGGACCCUCCUGCCGACGUAGCCAUCGAGCUGAAAGCGGUGUUCACCGACAGGCAGUUCGUCAGGAACUCCUGCGUCGCCGGAGAAUGGGGGGAAGAGCAGUCGUCUAUCCCGUACUUUCCGUUCAUACCGGACCAGCCCUUUAGGGUUGAGAUACUUUGUGAGCAUCCCCGUUUUAGAAUAUUUGUGGAUGGACAUCAGCUCUUUGAUUUUUACCACCGUAUUGAAACAUUGUCAGCAAUUGACACGAUAAAGAUAAAUGGAGAUCUUCAGCUUACAAAACUUGGCUGACCUUGUUAGAACUGUAGAAUCCAAAGCGGCUCAGGUGCCAUCAUCUGUUUGGAGAAGUGACAGCCGGCUCUGGACACAGCUGUAGUAGGAAGGCUGCCCCAUUCCUUUCCCCGUGUGCGGUCCUUUCCUCAUAUGCCGUUGAACUGGGCUGUUGUUUAUCCCAAUGAAGAACAUUGUUGGUUAAUAGACACUGAGCCAUUUUUCUUGGAUCAGAAUAGCUCACCUGUGCUGGAUAAUCAAAUUGGAAUGGAUUCAGAAAGACUUGCAGUCUUUUUUUUUUUUUUUUUUUUUUUUUUUUAAUCUCACAGAAAGGCAAUUUCUGAAAUGCUGUGCUGAAACCAGUUACUGAAGAGCAGCAACAACAAAAAAGUUUUUCUUUUGCAAAUAUUGUUUCUGCACUGAAGUGGAGUAGUGUAGCACAACACAGGGUCACGUGCUGAGGUCCUUACACGGGGCAGGAGCCCGGUUCCAUGGAAAUCGGUGACAAAACUCCCGUUUGCUUUAAUGGGGUACAAUCAAACUGUCUAGUCCUUAGUCGAGCACAAUUCCCAUUGAUGUCUGUGGGAUUUUUGCACAUACCUGGGGGCCAGCUCUUCUGCUGGUGUAAAUCAGCUCGCCUCCAUCGUUUGCAGUGGAAUUUCGCUGGUUGCUCCCACCUGCUGAUCUGGCCCAAGGACUGUGUAAAAACUGAAUGAGGGUGUCAGGACACAGCCUGUAUAUUUUAGUCAGGGUAUUGGCAUAGAAUGUAGAUCGUUACAAGUUUUUGCACAAUGUAUUGUUAAUACGAUUUUUAAAGCUUAUCUGUAGUUUAUUUAUUUAUACUCAUUGUAUGUAUUAUUAGUAAAAAUGAACAAUAUUACUGAUCGCUAAGAACAGCAAAGUGUAAACAUUUUGAAUGUACAAAAUGUCUUAGGUUCUUUUAAACUUAACAUAUCAUUCUUGAAAAAUCAUGUUUCCUAUUGAACAUUCAGUCACAUUUUAAUGAAGCCCUCUAGGCCCUGGGAAAAUGUGGGAGCGGUAGUUGGUGGGGGCUGGGGGGAACUUUUUGCAUAUUCACUAGAAACUGUUUUUCAGGGCUUUCUAACUUUGCUGCACAGGACAGGUUUGAAUUAAGGUCAAUCUGUUUUUAAAACUUAAAUAGCAAAUUUGUAGGUUUAGCUGUGCUUUUAUAACUCCAGAAGAAUUUAAAUUUGGCUGUCGCUUAGUUCAGCAACCAGCCUCUUUGCUGGGGAGAUGGGAGAUUUUCUGCACUUAUUUAAGAACAUAUUUGGCCUUUGAUAUGACAAUUAAAACUUGUCUAGACAGCCAAGUUAUUAAUGCUUGAAAAUCAGCUACUGCACAUGAAUAAUAACUUUUCAAGUAGCUUUUUAAAUACUAGGUAUAGCUGUAUAAACACAGUCAUUGUGCUACACUAUAAAUGAACACUACCACAUUUCUUGACUUCUUUAGGACAACACUUUUUCCUUGGCUGCUCACAAUAGACUAUAGCAGGUCUUUCUGAGUAGUUAUGAUAUAAAUGUAUAUUUAGGCAAUUAUGAAAACAUGUAAUAUAGGGACUUUCUCAGACACAGAAUACAAACGCAAUUUUUGUAGCACAGUGUUUAAAAAAAAAAAAAAAAGCAGAGAAGAAUAUCACAAACAGAACGAUGUUAAGCUUGCAAUAAAGAUGUGGUUUAAGGCAACCAGAACUGGAAUAUCCAAAGUUAAGGAUAGAAUGCCAGUUGCAAAGCCUCAUUUUGUGCUAAUUUGGCCUGCAGUUAAGAAGCCUUAGACUGCAAGCUGAAAUUCCGACUGUGGCUCCAGUCCAAAGCCUGUUGAGGUCAAUCAGAGUCCUCUGAGCACAAAGGCAUAAAGGCCUGAUUCUUACUUCACACAAGCGUAAAUCUCUUCCUAAAGCCAAUGGGGUGCUGCUAGUGUGAAUGAGUUAAGAAUCAGGCUGCCACCUACAUAAUAAAAGUUAAAAAUGGAAGUUUUAGCCUUAAUGUUGAAGUUCCCUGACUUUUUUUUCCCCCUUUUUCCAAAUUAAGCCAGAGCCUGUUAUUUUUCAGGUGAUCUUUUUAUUUGGUGUGUGGCUUUAGGAUUUACAUCGGACUCUGUACUACAGAUAGAUUGAAUCUUGAUAUGAAAUAUUCCUGUCUUGCUCUGUUUUUAUUCUUUUACAUGAUACAUGAUGAUGGCAUCAUUUUUCAUUGUGUAAAGAAUGCUGACAGUGUUUUGGUACAAAAUAUAUUCUUUAAAAAAAUAAUAAUAAUAAUAAAAAUCCAAGGGAAAGGUGCUUCUACAUGAGCUGUUUGGAUUUUUCUCCAGCUUUGAAAUGGUCUAUAGCUCUAAAGCAGAUGCAGGUAGAAGACGAAAUUCUGUUUGGAGAGAGAUUUAGCACCCACCUUGCCCAGUGUUUUCUCCAGCUCUAUGUGUAAGGUCAGGUCUCCUGAUGCGGUGCCAUUGCCUGAGGUCCCCCUGCUAGUUUGGUGGGCCAGAAAGUGCCAGCCUGGAGAGACCAGCACCAUGACCCUGUGACAGCGCAAAACCAAAAGAGAUCUUCCUGGUAGCACAAAGCCAAUAGAGAUUUCCCCUCCAUACCUUUUGCCCAGAACAAAGGAUUUGGCUGAAUUGUAUUUCCAGCCCCUUGGGAUUCCCGGUAGCUGCGGUAGGCUGGGGCACCCUCCGGCCUUUCUUACCCUGCACGGGCUCAGCACAGCACAGCACAUAGGCCAGGGGUGCCGAGAUGAGCUCUAAGCACCGCUGUGCCGGUGGCAUCUCCGUCGGGAGUGAGGCCCUUGGGAUAUUGCCCGCUGUGCUGUACGCUCCAGUGCAUUCCUGCUCCAGUAGUUUUCUGUCUCAGGAAAAUGCUGUUUUGAGCCUCCCUCUGGUUUUACCUUUGCGUAUCUCUACCAAGAGCAGCGCCCACCACCUGAUUCCGCCUGCUGUGGUUUCCAAGCCGGGCUCAGAGGCAGGAAGGGUGGGAACCCACUUCUGAUGUACUGUGGUUUGCCUGAGUGCUCAGAAAAUCACAGUUAGGGUGUCAGCAUUCAUUUGUCCGUGUAACACACUUCUGGAAGCCUUUUUGUUUUUCUUUUGCUCUUGGGCAGUACCAGGCUAUGGCAGGUGAAGGAAGGAUGAGGUCUGUAUGUAACCAAGGGCUGUUCCAUGCAUGCUCGGUUUAGGUUGGCUAACCACAAUCAGAAGCUACUGCUGGACACUUUUACACCAGAAAGAAAAGAAAACCAAAAUAAAACCAAGGCCUUAAAUGUUUUUGUUCAGUUACACUUUGAGCCAAAUGCAAAUGCUUAAGAUGGGAGACUGUGCUGCAAAAUUUAUAUCUGAAUUCUUUGGUCUCCAGAAUUGAGGGAUUAUUCAGAUCUUCAUUUGGGAUAUAAACCAUACUAGUGUUGAAAUCAGACUGUUUCCAAACUGGGCCAGGUUUUCAGCAUGCUCUGCUCCCAGUAGCUUGUAUUGUUUUUAGUAGGAACAGACAGUCUGUGAACUUCUUGGAAGCUUUGAUUCUUCAGGAACAAGGCAGUGCAUGAACCAACUUUGGAAAUCUCUUGCUGGAAUCUGUUAGCUGAAUAUCUCCUUUCUUUCCUCUGAAUCAGGAAAUUAAUCUUGAAAUGAAAGAAGCCUUGAAUGGGUAAAAACCAGGUGGAGAGAAAUCCCUCCGUUUAGCACAGUGUUGUUUUUUUUCUAAAAAAGAAAAAGUGAAAACAACCCAAAAAACUGUCCCCAAAUUACUUGAUUGUGUUUAGAAUUGGCUGUGAUAAAGCCGAUAUAUUUUUAAAAAACAUAAGUUUAUUUCCUACUCAGAAAGAGCCUUGAAAUACUUCGGUAUUGUGUGAGAUAGUCUUUGUCUAAACAUAUUUCACAGAAAUGCUUUUUCACGGCCAAGUUGUUAAAAAUGUUACGCAAUACCUUGUUUUUGUAUCACAAUUAGAAAUGUUUGCCCCACCUUGAAAGAACAUUUUGUACUAAAUAUUCAUAUGCUGUCUGUGUGAAUUUGCACUAGCUUAUAUUAUAUUCUCUCCCUGCUCCUUGACUAGCUUGAGAAGAAAUAGGCGUACUAUUGCUAAACGAGCUGAAUGUAACAUCUGCUUGAGGCAUAGCAUCUUUCUUGAGGGUUGUUUCGAGUAAAUUUUUCAGCCUGAAAACCAAAGAGAGCGCCUGAUGCACCGUUCUGCUCUGCCAGUUCCCACCCUGUCACUCUCCCGAAGCGAAGCCGAAAGGGAAGCCCAGAGAUUUUAACGUGUGGGAGCAGCAUUGCGAUUUUAUCUUCCAGGAUUUGAAACUAUUCACCGGGGAGGAAAUGACAACGAAGUGGCCACAGUACUCCCAAGCUUGCUAGCAGCACUGUGGCAGCGUAACGUAGUAUAGUCCUGAUGGAGCAGGAGUCCAGAGGAUAAGCAGCGGGCAUUUCGGAGCUAGGCAAGAGCCCAGGCUUCGGAUGCGGUGAGUUGCCCAAGCGUGUGCGUUUGACACACCGCUAGCUGCUGCCUUCUGCAACCCCCGUAUCAAAACACGCUGCAAAGAACAGCAUGGCCAAGAGUUUGGAAGGCAUGAACUGGCUCUGUGGUCUUGCAUUCCUCCUUUGAAAGAGGGUCCUAAAUAAAUAAUAGGAAAAUUUAGAGGCAGCCAUGCCACUAAGGUAUUCUCUCCUGCGGACAAUCAAGCAGCGUGUUGGACAGAGGGCUUGUCCUGCCACUCAGUCACGAGAGCUGCUCCCCGCAGAAAUCCACAGUGCUGCUGUCACUGCUGAGGUUGGUUACAGGGACCUUUUUACACAGAAAACUGCAGAAGUGCAGUUCUGCUAAGCCUGUCGGUGGCAGCUCUAAGCAGCCUCCCUGGCACCCAUAGAACUGAUACGACGGUACGUGGAACGAGUGUGAGGCUGAGGGCAGCCCUAAAUGCUUACUGGGACAAGCAUAGGAGUUAGGAGGAAAAGCUGUAUUUACGUCCACACAAGUCUACAAACAGUUAGUGACCCGAGCAGGUUUUUAUAACUGUGGGGUUUGUUCCAAGUUUCUCAUGUGGAUCAGAAAGCUUACAGGUAAAAGUCACUUUGCAGUGAAUGAAGUGUGGGGUCAGAACUAGAGCCAGCCCAAAUAGGGAGAAGAAAGGAGCUGCAGACGCUUUAUCUGGCUUUGAUACACCCUCCCAGCUCCUCCCAGCAAUCACUGCUGUUAAGAACACGCUCAAUUACUAUAACCAGGAGAUUCAGCAGCAUGUGCAGCAUCAAAAUAAUAAACUCACACUUUGCCACAGGUCCUCCCUAGCUUCUGUCGCUAGGCUAUUGGAUCCAUCUGUCAACAAAUAGCUACAUCAGGCUGCUUUUGAAGCCCAGAGCAAAACUCCCUUUGACUUAAAUGGAAGUGGGUCCACAGGAAAAGGGGGUAUUUCCAGCCCUCCCUUUCCAGUCUAUAUUUUCAGCUGGGACAUAUUUAAAAGUGUGUGUAUUCAUUCAUUCUCUUGAGUUUAUUUUUAAGUAUGAAGAGAGGAAUAUUUCUGUCUGCAUUACUUGUUUGAGUAGAGUCAACAGAAAGUACAGCCUCUCCUCGUUGCAGUUACAGUGGUUUCACAGUUAGCCAAUGAAAUGUUUCACGUCUGUUACCUUCUGAUUUUAAAAAGUGAGGAUGUGCACGAAAUGAUCUGGCAAUAAUAAUAAUGAUAUGUAUCAUUCACCACAGAUCUAUUUUUAUGUGUUGUGCCAAUUUGAUAAUGAACUUUUAAUAACAAUAAAAUGUAAAAUCUUCA